UCCAAGCGCGAAGCAGCAGAGGAGAAGGACUAGACACGACCCGGCCAGUACUAUUACUACUGCUGCCUCGCCUCUGGCCUGCUCUGCCCUGCCAUCAUUGUCUCCACGGCACACAAGAGAGAGAAAGAGAGAAAAGAAGAAGAAGACGCGCUCUCUCCGCUACGAAUUACCCGCGGCCCGGCAGUUGUGUGAUCGUGUCCCCUUCCCCCUCCCCCCAACCUCUUUUGUCAUCCUCCCGUUACUACACCGCCUCCAUUACUCGGCGGGACACUCAAGGACAAGGAGUCAGCCAAGCCAAGGAGUGAGUGAUGCAGUCAUCUCGCCCUCCACCGCACGCCAAGCCGCCGAGGUCAGCCCCGGGCCACGCGCGCUCCCGCUCCCAGCUCGCGCAGGUGCGCCCAGAUCCCGCCCAGGAUUUCGAGUUCCGCUUCGACUUCCUGCCCGACGCCUUCCGCUUCGACAUGGACGCCGGCGCCAAGCCGGCGGCACCCGCGGCCGCCAAGGACAAGGAGGAGGUCCUUGUUGCGUUCGACAAGGUGAGGCUCAGCAUUGCGUCCAGCGAGGGCGACGACGACGACGAUGACGGGGCGCCGCCGAGGAGCUCCUUCUCCGGGGCCAGCCACCCGCCGGAGCCGGUCGACGAGAUGGACCCCGUGCUCGUGGCCGUGGACCACGGGCGGGGCGACAAGAAGGCGCCGCCGCCGCCAGCCAAGCCGGUCAUCGUGUGGGACGCGUCCCCGCCGGUGAGCGGCGCCGCGAGCCCGCACAGCAGCAUGGGCGACAGCUCCUCCGGCGGCGGGGCGGUCACGGCCACCUGCACCAGCAUGGCGCCCAGCUGCACCGUCACCAGCCGGAGCGCCAAGACCAGCGUCAGCAGCAGCGCGGCCAGCGACUGGAGCAACGGCACCGCCGGCGCCGGCGGGAGCGGCGGCGUGGGCGGGAAGCCCCACAAGGGGGGCGACCCUAGGUGGAAGGCGGUCCUGGCGGCGCGCGCGCGGGACGGGCCCCUCGGGAUGGGUGACUUCCGGCUGCUCCGGCGGCUCGGCUGCGGCGACAUCGGCACGGUGUACCUCUCCGAGCUCAGCAAGGGCGGCGGCGGCGGCGGCGGCGCGGCCAGGGCGCCGUGGUUCGCCAUGAAGGUGAUGGACAAGGCGUCGCUGGAGAGCCGCCGGAAGCUGAGCCGCGCGGAGACGGAGCGUGAGAUCCUGCAGCUGCUGGACCACCCCUUCCUCCCCACCCUCUACGCCCACUUCGAGACCGACAAGUUCGCCUGCCUCGUCAUGGAGUUCUGCCCCGGCGGCGACCUCCACGCCCUCCGCCAGCGCCAGUCCGGCAAGCUCUUCCCGGAGCACGCCGCAAGGUUCUAUGCCGCCGAGGUGCUCCUUGCGCUGGAGUACCUGCACAUGCUCGGGGUGGUGUACCGGGACCUGAAGCCGGAGAACGUGCUCGUCAGGGACGACGGCCACGUCAUGCUCUCCGACUUCGACCUCUCCCUCCGCUGCGACGCCUCGACGACGCUGGUCCGGCCGACGCUGCCCUGCAGCGCCUCCGGCCCCAACGGCGGCGCCUGCAUCCAGCCCACGUGCUUCAUGCCCAAGCUCUUCGGCGGCCGGAGCAAGAAGAGCGCCUCCGCGGCCUCCAGAUCGAAGAGCGGCGAGCAGCAGCAGCAGCAGGGCGCCAUGCCGGAGCUCGUGGUGGAGCCGACCGGCGCGCGGUCGAUGUCGUUCGUGGGCACGCACGAGUACCUGGCGCCGGAGAUCAUCAAGGGGGAGGGCCACGGCAGCGCGGUGGACUGGUGGACGUUCGGCGUGUUCCUGCACGAGCUCAUGUACGGCAAGACGCCGUUCAAGGGGCAGACGAACCGGGCCACGCUGUUCAACGUCGUCGGCCAGCAGCUCCGGUUCCCGGAGGGCGGCCCGCCGACGAGCGGCGCCAGCAAGGACCUCAUCAGGGGCCUGCUGGCCAAGGAGCCCCAGGGCCGGCUCGGCGUGAAGAGGGGAGCGGCCGAGAUCAAGCAGCACCCCUUCUUCGAGGGCGUCAACUGGGCGCUCAUCCGGUGCAGCACGCCGCCCGGCGUGCCCAGGCCCGUCGAGCCCAUGGCCGUCGCAGCAAUGCCGGCGAAGUCGGCAUCCAUGGACAGGGUGGAGACGAAUUACAACAGCAGCAAGAGGGUGCCAGCAGGGCCAGGGGCAGACCAUGUGGAGUCUGGAGGGAAAUUCCUCGACUUUGAGUUCUUUUAGUUAGGGAAUUUGAGUUUGUAGCCUAAAAAAUUGCCGUGGUCUGAGCCUAAAAAAUUGAAAAUGUAUCUCUUGUGUUUUUAACCUUAGAAAUACUUGCUGUGGUCUGAGCUGCAGCUGUAGCUCCGUAGUGUCAGUAUUUGGCAAUGACAUACAUGACCAGUUUUAUUGAAUCUUGUAGCUUUCCUGAGCUUGUAUAACAUGUUAAUCAGGCCUCGUGCCAAACAUGGGGAUUUUCAAGUGAAAUUCAUGCAUUCCAAAGAAUGCCAGAUAUUAUUUCAUGCAA